AAGAAGGCGGGUUCGUACAUAGACUUUAAAAAAAAAUCUCCGCGGAUCAGCGAAGCCCCUUGCCUGCGGCCAUUUUGCAUAGAGUUGGCCAGCGGAUUUGCCAGACUGCAAAACCUAACUAGCCUAAUUAAGGCAGAGUUACAGGUAUGGAUGACGAGGGAGCGGGAGAUACACGGUAGUAGAGAAAUAAGGGAUGUGCGACUACGAUGAGAUCAGCGCUAUAGCAGGAAAAAUAACCUCUCGGGUAGGCACUGGGAGCCAGGAUCCUGAUGUGAUUGAUCUGCGACUCGUGGAUGGAAGGCCCUACACGAUGCUGUGCGACUCAGGCCGACAGAGUGUCUGCGUGAAGUUCUGUGGGGCUCGAUGGGGGCUGCGGCCCGGGGGCGGAGUGGUGAAGAGCCCCUGCUGAGAAGAGAACUCCUCCAACUGCGUUCCUCUUCGUCCUCCUCGAUAGUCGGUGGGCUCGUCGUCUCGCUCUCGUAAAUCCCUCUGGCAGAGGAAGGGUGUAUCAGGCCAACAGAGUGAUAAGGCAGAGAGAGAAAUCGAGAGAGAGCGAGCGCCAGCCGACCUUAUGCAGAAUGGCUUCUGGGCUCAGGGCACGGAGCCUCCCCGCCUGGAAGCGGCACAUCUUAGACGAAUUGAAGCGACGGGACAGGCUACAGAGACAGGCCUUUGAAGAGAUAAUCUUGCAGUAUAACAAGCUCUUGGAGAAGUCAGAUUUCCAUUCAGUGCUGGCUGACAAGCUACAAGUGGAAAAAUAUGAUUUACCAAUCCGGCAUGAGAUCAGUCCAGGACAUGAUGGUGCAAGGACCGAUGCUCACUUGCAAGAAGUAGCCCAACUAAGAAUUAAACAUCAAGAGGAGCUAACAGAGCUACACAAGAAACGUGGGGAGUUGGCCCAGUCUGUGAUUGACCUGAAAAACCAAAUACAACAGAAGGACAUAGAGAUGCAAAUGAAUAAUACAAGGAUUGCAGAAUACUUGCAAAAGAUAGCUGAGCUAGAGACGGAGUGUCAGGAUCUGCGUAAUAAGCUACAAGAUCUUGAACGAGCCAAUCAGACUCUUAAGGAUGAGUAUGAUGCACUCCAGAUCACCUUUACUGCUCUUGAAGAAAAACUGAGAAAAACUACUGAAGAUAAUCAAGAGUUGGUAACUCGUUGGAUGGCAGAGAAAGCUCAAGAAGCUAAUCGGCUUAAUGCAGAAAAUGAGAAAGAUUCCAGAAGACGACAAGCCAAGCUUCAGAAAGAACUAGCAGAAGCUGCAAAGGAACCGCUGCCAAUUGAACAGGAUGACGAUAUUGAAGUGCUGACGGAUGAAACUUCUGAUCCUACUGAUGAGACCUCUCCGGUGCGCGCUGUCACUCGAACAGCCAGUAAGCGACACUCCCAGCCAGCUGGAGGCCUUCUGGACUCUAUCACUAAUAUCUUUGGUCUGUCUGAGUCUCCCCUUUUGGGACAUCACUCUUCUGAUACUGCCAGGAGGCGCUCUUUAUCGUCAUGUCCUGUCCCUCAAGAUAACACUGAUGUACAUCCGGGUGGAAGCAAAGAGGUGCGAGUCCCUACCACUGCAGCGUGUGUCUUUGAUGCUCAUGAUGGGGAGGUGAAUGCAGUGCAGUUCAGCCCUGGCUCUCGGUUACUGGCAACAGGAGGCUUGGACCGGAGAGUCAAACUCUGGGAAGUUUUUGGAGACAAAUGUGAACUGAAAGGCUCCCUCUCUGGCAGUAAUGCAGGGAUUACAAGCAUAGAGUUUGAUAGUGCAGGCUCUUAUUUAUUAGCAGCUUCAAAUGACUUUGCCAGUAGGAUCUGGACUGUGGAUGAUCAUCGAUUACGGCACACACUCACGGGGCAUAGUGGAAAAGUCUUGUCAGCCAAAUUCCUAUUGGACAAUGCACGCAUUGUAUCUGGAAGUCACGACAGAACCCUCAAGCUUUGGGACCUGCGCAGCAAAGUCUGUAUAAAAACAGUAUUUGCAGGCUCCAGCUGCAAUGAUCUAGUAUGUACAGAGCAAUGUGUGAUGAGUGGACAUUUUGACAAGAAAAUUCGCUUUUGGGAUAUUAGAACAGAGAGUGUAGUACGGGAAAUGGAAUUGCUUGGUAGGAUUACAGCUCUAGAUCUAAACCCAGAGAGAACAGAGCUCCUCACCUGUUCGCGAGAUGAUCUGUUGAAGAUUAUUGAUCUCAGACUCAAUGUUGUCAAACAGACUUUCAGUGCCCUAGGGUUUAAAUGUGGUUCUGAUUGGACCAGAGCUGUAUUCAGCCCUGAUGGGAAUUAUGUGGUGGCUGGCUCAGCAGAAGGGUCACUCUAUAUUUGGAAUGUGCUUACCGGAAAAGUGGAGAGGGUACUCUCCAAGCAUCACAGCAACUCAAUCAAUGCUGUAGCAUGGUCACCAUCUGGAGCCUAUGUGGUCAGUGUGGACAAAGGAAACAAGGCUGUGUUGUGGUCUGAAUUUUGACUUGAAAGAGCAAAAACCAGCAUGCCAAAAAACCUGCAUGGGAGGACAUGGGCUGUGUCUGUCUGAACAGUACAGAAGUCCCAUGUCUAGGUCCAGUAAAAGGUCUUUUGCUAAAUACAUAAGCUUGAGACUAGGGAAGGAUUCCUGUUGCAUCAACCAAGGAAGAAAGUAUGUUGCUGGAGUUCAACCUCCAUAAAGGAUUGGCUGUAUUGAGUGGGGUCAUUAAGAUGUACCACCUCUGCAUUGGAAAGAGUUCUUGCACCAGACAUCAGUGCCAAACAAUUCCUUAAUUUCCAAUGGCACUUCAAGGUUUGGAGUGCUCUAGCAAAGUUCCUGUAUGUCCUGAUAUUAUGCAUGUACUGUCAUCUAUGUUCUCUUCUGUGGGCUGGCUUAAGAUGUGAGGUGAAGGAUCCUGAAACAUAGUAAGGGUGGGGUCUUGACUGUAAUCUUUCUUGAACAAGCCCAUGACUUUGGCAGUUGUGUCAAUGGAGCCUCUAGCCCUUACUAAACACAGCUGCCUGUGUCAGUUUGACUUGUCAUAGAGGGAAUUGUCUGUCAUUUUUCAGAAAUGCUGCAUCCUCCAAAGCCUUUCCAGGUAGCAGUGGAACAGAAGCAUUUUAAUGUGACCCAAUUUAUUUUGGGUGUUAAUUGUGGGGCAGAGUGAUAAGUGCUGCUGCUGUGAUGAAGAAUGUACGACUAGCACGACUCCAGCACCAAAGCCAAAUACACGGUUACUUCUGCUGUCCUUCUUGUACUGGAGCCUCUUGAGAGCAGAGGAACGAUGGGGAAAAUAGAGCCCUGAAUGUAAAUGUCCUGGUGCUGGCAAAUUCAGAUCACUUGCCUCUGAGUAAAUGUGCAAUAUUCUUCCUGUGUUCAAGCUCUCCCUCUGCCAUGGAGCCCGUUGGCCUUCAAAUGCACAAUAUGGUUUGGGCGGGGCUGACUGUGGCACUGAACAUUUAUCCAGCCAAACACUUUUUCCACACCCAGUGGGCUGUGAGACAAGCCACCAGCAUUUAAUUGCCUUUUAAUUUGCACUUUAAUUUUGCUUCCUUCCUAAACUUGAUUUCGUAGGGAAGUAUUUGUAUCGAAGGGCAGAGGUGAGCAGGAAUUCCUUAUGUCUGGGGUUCUCAGCAAGGGACCACUCUUGUUCUGACAACUUCUGCAAAGGAAAACAGGAAGUACACGGGACAAAAAUCUUAUUUAUUGUAUUAACCCGCCCACUAGUACUUGACUUACUAUAAAUAAACCUGUGUCCUGCUUCUAAA